GUAAGCAAAAAGUUGACAAAAUCCAUAAAGAAGAUUGUUUGUAAAUAGUGUCUGACAAGAAAAGCUUUUGAGAGAUGGGAGAAGAAAACAAAGUGAUACUGCAUGGGACGUGGGCUAGCCCUUUCAGCAAGAGAGUGGAACUGGCUCUGAAACUUAAAGGCAUACCGUUUGGUUAUGUGGAAGAAGAUUUGCAGAACAAAAGCCCACAGCUUCUCCAUUAUAAUCCUGUUCACAAGAAGAUUCCUGUUCUUGAUCAUAAUGGAAAGCCAAUUGCUGAAUCACUUGUCAUCCUGGAAUAUAUUGAUGAAACCUGGAAGAACAGACCUCAUCUCUUGCCGGAAGAUCCAUACAAAAGAUCUAAAGUUCGCUUCUGGACAAGCUUUGUCCAGCAACAGGUUAGUGAAUGAUGGAUGGUAAUACGGGACAUAUUAAAAGAGUGAUUGAUUCUAUUGAAGUUUAACUUAAUCUUCAAGAUAAAAGGAGGACUAAUGCUUAUUUUCUUAAAUGCAUCUGUUUGAAUCAAUGGUCACGUGAUCAAAACAGAUGAGGAAGCAUAAGAGAAAGCCAUCAAGGAAUUGUUCAAGAAAUUAGAG